AUGCGAAUCCCAAAGCUGUCACCUCCUGAGCCAGCUGCUGGGCCGGGAAUCCUGCUCCCCUGCCGAGACCUCUUUGCUGGGCCAGAACCAGGUCUUGGAGAGAGUCCGGAUAGCUCCUGGGGCUCCGGGCCAGGGAGAGAAGGGGUCAUUACAAUGCAUGGACCAUACAGUCCUCCAGCCCAGCAGCCUCAACCCUCAGCAGGAAUCUUCAGCGAUCCACAGGUGGAUCUGCAGCCAUUGUGCGCGCCUGUUCUUCCCGCGCGCCUCUCCCUCCAGUACCUCUUGUGUGCACUGCCCGCUCCCCACCAAGGCAUUGCCAGCAGGUGCCUUGUGUGCAUACCUGGCCAUGCUAAUCCCUUAAGGUCACCCUUCCCGCGCAGAUCCGUGACUCGCACCAUCUUUGCACGCACACCCACUCGCUCAGGUUGGAAAGAUGCAUUGCCCGUCAACAGGGGAAACUGCUCACAUAGCCUUUGGCCAAGUUGGCAGCUAAGGCGGAUGCUUAGAGCCCAGCUCUCAAGAGUUGAAGCAUCCGACGGUUCCCCACUGCUCCCAGGAGUGGUUACCUGGGCACUCUGUGUCUGUCACCCCUGUCCCGGCCCCGGGGGCCAAGGGCCUGCCAGUAGGGCUCAGUUGCCUGGAGCCUGCUCAUCCCAUCCCCCAGUUCACUUUGUUUGUGGAAUCUCCCUGUUGCCACUGCCCCUGGAUGGAAUGGCAGGGCCAUCCUACAAGUACCCAGACACUUGGCAUCAGUGGUGUGUCAAAACAACUCCAAGGGUUUUCCGUGGUCCUGCAAGCCCUGUGUUCCUUGCUGGCGAUCCUGCCUUCAAUUUGAAUGCACAGGUACCACAGCAAGCCGGUGCUAUGUGCUCCCAAUUCCAGGAUGUCUUGCAGCUAAGCCAGCGCACUGAGCACAAGGACUCUCUGUGGGGCCUAGGAGCAGGGAGUCACCCCUUUGGGGCCCACAACAUCCAGUUGUGCCCUGACUCCUGUCCAGAGAAGAUCAUGUUGAGGGCCCUCCUGAAGAGGGGGGCAGGGAUGCCUGAGCAGGACAAGGACCCCAGAGUCCAAGAGAAUCCUGAUGAUCAGAGAAGGGUUCCUGAGGGCACCGGGGAUGCACAGUCUGCCUUUAGGCCCCCGUGGGACAAUGGAGGCCUCUCUCCCUUUGUGCCCAGGCCUGGGCCUCUGCAGAGAGACCUCCAUGCCCAGAGGUCAGAAGUCGGAUAUAACCAGAGAUCCCAGACCUCCUGGAUGAGCUCGUGCACCAAACAAAAUGCCAUCGUGAGCUCCUACAGUUCCAUGGGAGGCUUCCUAUCACCAAAGAGGAGGGGGCCAGCCUCAUCCCACUGUCAGCUGCCCCUCAGGUCCUCAAAGACAGUGAGUGAGGACCGGCCUCAGGCUGUCUCUUGGGGUCUCACCCAGUGUGAAAAGGCAGCAGAUGCAGUACCAGGGCAGACACUUGCCCCCAGGAAUGGCUCCCCGACAUCCCAGGCCUCUAGGCCCCAUAGACGCAAGUUUCCUCUGCUGCCACUCAGGCAAGGGGAGCCUCUGAUGCUGCCACCUCCCUUACAGCUGGGGUCCGGGGUCACUGCUGAAGACCUGGACCUGGAGAAGAAGGUGGCACUCUGGUGCAAAAGCGCACUGCGGGGUGAGGCCAAGGCCAUCUGGGACUGCAGACCCUCACGGCCUUCCCACACUUUGUCCUCACUCGCAACAGGGACUUCUGUGGGGAAAAGCAAGAGAGAUCAGAUUGUUACUGUGUCUGUGUAGAAAGAAGUAGACACAGGAGACUCCAUUUUGUUAUGUACUAAGAAAAAUUCUUCUGCCUUGAGAUUCUGUUAAUCUAUAACCUUACCCCCAACCCCGUGCUCUCUGAAACAUGUGCUGUGUCCACUCAGGGUUAAAUGGAUUAAGGGCGGUGCAAGAUGUGCUUUGUUAAACAGAUGCUUGAAGGCAGCAUGCUCCUUAAGAGUCAUCACCACUCCCUAAUCUCAAGUACCCAAGGACACAAACACUGCGGAAGGCCGCAGGGACCUCUGCCUAGGAAAGCCAGGUAUUGUCCAAGGUUUCUCCCCAUGUGAUAGUCUGAAAUAUGGCCUUGUGGGAAGGGAAAGACCUGACCAUCCCCCAGCCCGACACCCGUAAAGGGUCUGUGCUGAGGAGGAUUAGUAAAAGAGGAAGGCAUGCCUCUUGCAGUUGAGACAAGAGGAAGGCAUCUGUCUCCUGCCUGUCCCUGGGCAAUGGAAUGUCUCAGUAUAAAACCCGAUUGUAUGUUCCAUCUACUGAGAUAGGGAAAAACCGCCUUAGGGCCGGAGGUGGGACAUGCAGGCAGCAAUACUGCUUUGUAAAGCAUUGAGAUGUUUAUGUGUAUGCAUAUCUAAAAGCACAGCACUUAAUCCUUUACAUUGUCUAUGAUGCAAAGACCUUUGUUCACGUGUUUGUCUGCUGACCCUCUCCCCACAAUUGUCUUGUGACCCUGACACAUCCCCCUCUGGGAGAAACACCCACAAAUGAUCAAUAAAUACUAAGGGAACUCAGAGGCUGGCGGGAUCCUCCAUAUGCUGAACGCUGGUUCCCCGGGUCCCCUUAUUUCUUUCUCUA